AUGGACUCCGAACGUCGCACCACCCCGGAUUCCGACCUCUCCGACGAUUAUCGUCACCGGCACCGCCGCCGAAGCCCCAGCUAUGACUCAUACGACCGCAGUAGAGACCGGAGCCGUGAUCGCCACCGACCCGAGUCAUCCGAAUGUAGAAGUUCUAAGCGCGUCACCCCCAACGAAGCACAUCCUAACGGCAAUGCACUUCCAAAGAAUUUCGGCCGCCAGAACGGUGGCUUGUUUCACAACCGCGAUCGUCGCAAUGGUGACUGGCGACGGCGCUUCGAUUCGGAGUCCGACGAGGAACUGAAGGGAUUGCCGUUCGAAGGGUAUCGGAGGCUAAAGAGAAAGAGUUCUGGUUCCAAGCGCAGUAGACGAAAGUCGAAUAGCGAUAACGAAUCUGAUGAGAGUGAAGAGAGUGAAAGCAAUUAUUCUUCCGAUGGUAGCAGCUGGAGAAAGAAGAAGCAUUCUUUGCUGUCGAAUGUAAGCAGAAGAGAAAGAAGCAAAAAAUCUGAAUUAGAAAGCGAGGGUUCCGAUUCAGAAGAGGAAAAGCAUUCUGCUGAUGCAAAGAACAAAGCAACAGUGGAAAAACACCAUCGGCGUCAACCUCUCGAGGAGACCAACCGCAUUCUCGCUGAGAUCCGCUCCGACUCCGACCUCGACGACAACGACACCCCUUUCAGUCCCAACGCCACCGCCGCCUUCUCCUUAGGCUCCAAUUUCUCCGAUUGGGAUCAACAACGCCAACAAUGGCUCCAACAAAACUCUGAAUACUCUAAUUUUAUUUGUGGAGGAAAGAGCCGUUGCAGUGUGGAAGAAGAAGAUGAGGUGGAGAAGGUGAGGAUGAAGGAAGAGUGGUUGGAAUGCAUGAGAGUGAGGAGGGUGUCCUUGAUAGGGUCAGAGGUGGUGGGGAGGGAGAAGAGGAUGGCUUUGUCGGAGGAGGAGAGGGGUUGA